GCGGGCGGAGGGUUAGUACAGUUAGUAACACCAGCAGCAGUAGCGGCUUUAGUUACACAGUUAGCUGUGAGAUAAUUAGUAUAAAGGUGAUCAUGCCAGCGGGGAGAAGCUUCCGAAGAAGAAAAGAAGAGUCUUCAGAUGAAGAGGAAUCCAACGAGGUCACAUCUGAAGUCAGGGCGAAACUGGAUGAAGCAAAAGAACUUCAGAGUUUGCGGAAGAGACAGAGUGGCGUGAGUUUGACAGCAUUGCUUGUGGGAGAAAAGUUACCGCUGGAAGCAGAGGUUGAGGAUGAUCCAUUUAAGCUCAAGACAGGAGGUGUUGUGGACAUGAAGAAAGUGAAAGACAGAAACAGAGACAAAAUUGAGGAUGAAAAUGACCUGAACCUGGGAACCUCCUUCUCUGCAGAGACCAACAGAAGAGAUGAAGAUGCAGAUAUGAUGAAGUACAUUGAAACAGAGCUGAAGAAAAAGAAGGGUUUAGUGGAGGCAGAAGAGCAGAAGAUCAAGGCAAAGAAUGCAGAGGACCUCCUGUAUGAGCUGCCAGAGAGCAUCCGUGUUAAUUCUGCCAAAAAAACAGAAGAGAUGUUGUCCAAUCAGAUGCUUAGUGGCAUUCCAGAGGUGGACUUGGGAAUUGAUGCAAAGAUAAAGAAUAUUAUCAGUACAGAAGAGGCCAAAGCGAAUCUCAUCGCCGAACAGAGGAAUAAGAAGAAAGAUAGCGGCACGUCUUUUGUUCCCACCAACAUUGCAGUAAACUACGUCCAGCACAAUCGCUUCUACCAUGAAGAUGCAAGUGCACCCCAAAGACGCCACAGAGAGGAGCCCAAAGCCAGGCCACUGCGCGUUGGAGACACUGAAAAACCAGCACCUGAGAAAUCCCCACCCAACUACCGCAAGAGACCAAACAAUGAGAAGGCCACAGAUGACUACCAUUAUGAGAAAUUCAAGAAGAUGAACCGAAGAUAUUGACUCCCUCUACAGAUAAAUAUUACUGCCAUCACAACUGAUAAUAAGUAUCAGUUGUAGUAUAUGUCAACAAACAAACAAACAAAACGAAUAAUUGUGACAUUGGUUCUACCCUUUUGUAAAGAAACACAACUAACUGUAGAUCUCUAAACAACACUGCAGUUUAGCUUCACAAUUAUCUGGACUUUGCCUUUAUGUUAAAGGUUCUUUUAAAAAGCCAGAGUAAACAUUUACAAAUAAAUAUGUUUCAUGAAUUACUAAUAGGAUGCCAGUUUCAGUUUCUGCUUACUUACUGCUGCAUACAUCAUCCAGCCAUAACAUGAACAUUACCUCCUUGUUCAUACUAUCAUUUGUGUCAAUUUUUUAGCUCAAUAUAGGAGCACUGUAGUUUUAUAAUUACAGACUGUAGUCCUUCUGUUUUUCUCCAUACUUUGUCCUCCUUUUACUGUUCUUCAAAAUUAAAGACCACCACAGAGCAGGAACUAUUAAGGUGGUGAAUCAUUUUUAGCACUUGAGUGACAGACAUGGUGUUGUGUUAGUGUGUAUUUAAGAUUGAAUGGGUCAAACACAAUACUUCACUUAUCCUGUGGGCAGUAUUGAAGGACUAGAGGAUGAUCAACACAAACUGUGCAGCUACAGAUUCAGAACUUCUUUUCUCUGACUUUUACAUCUACAAGGUGGACCAUCUAGGUAGUAGUGUCUGUCUAAUCGGGUGGAGAGCGAGCGGACACAGUGUUUAAACACUGAUUCACCAAGCACAACCCACCACCAUAUCUGUCACUACAGUACUGAGAAUGACCCACCACCCAAAUGUAUUUAAUAGCUGCUCUGUAGUGGUUCUUGACCAUUGAAAAACAAGUUGAAGGAAGGAUAAAAGUAUGCAGAUAAAUAAAAGGAUUACAGAUUACAAAUUAUCCUAAAUGCUUGGUGGAGCUAAUUAAAUGGACAGUGAGCGUAGAAACAAGGAUGUUGUUUUAAUGUUUUAGGUUGUAUUAUGGCUAUUGAUAUUUUUCUUAAUUGUUGUUUUUCUCAUUGCUUGUAGGUGAUAUGUACAUAUUAAAGUUGUAGAUUUUUUGUGUGAACUCGAUUUUUACAAUAAAUAUGCUCUUAAUCAUGCAAAUUCAUAAUUA